AUGCCCUUCAUCGGAAACACCGCACAGCCCAUGCCCAUCGCCGUGGUCGGGCUGAGCUUCAGAUUCCCCGGGGGCGCCAAUUCCGACGAGGCCCUCUGGGACAUGCUCGCGAACGGUCGAAAUGCAUGGUCCAAAGUCCCCAAAGAUCGCAUGAAUGCGGACGCUUUCUACCAUCCCGACAACGGGCGAAAAGGAACGUUCUACGUCCGCGGAGCGCAUUUUCUGGAAGAAGACAUCGCGGCAUUCGACGCCCCAUUCUUCUCGAUAUCGGCGAAUGAAGCCAAAGCGAUGGAUCCCCAGCAGCGGAUGCUGCUGGAGGCAACGUAUGAAGCCUACGAGAAUGCUGGAAUACGGCUGGAAGAUGUCGUGGGCAGCAAGACAGCGUGCUAUGUCGGCACCCUCUCCAACGACUAUGGGGACAAUCUUCACAAAGACAUGGAAUUCAGCACGAGAUACCACAGCACCGGGAGCAUCACGUCCCUUCUCGCCAACCGGAUCUCGUGGUUUUUCGACCUGAAGGGGCCCAGCGUGAUGCUCGACACCGCAUGUUCUUCAAGUCUGGUAGCCUUUCACCUGGCAUGCCAGAGCCUACGGUCUGGGGAGGCAACAUCGGCAAUUGUUGGAGGAAGCACGAUCAUUCUCAGUCCGGACUUCUUCAUCCUGCUGGCUGGACCCGGUUUCCUAGGACCCGAUGGAAAAUGCCACUCGUUCGACAGCAAGGCGAAUGGAUACGGACGCGGGGAGGGAGUCGCGUCGAUCAUCCUCAAGCCGCUCGACGCUGCACUGCGUGACGGCGACCCUAUACGGGCAAUCAUUCGAGGCACUGCGACCAACCACGACGGCAAAACUCCAGGCAUCGCUCUUCCGAGCCAGGAGGCCCAGGAGGAACUAAUCCGCUCUGCGUAUAGGAGUGCCGGCCUGGGGAUGGGCCAAACGGGCUAUUUCGAAGCCCACGGAACCGGGACACAGGCUGGAGAUCCCAUCGAGACCGGUGCCAUCGGAAACACCAUCGGUGCGGCCAAGUCGGCAGGAGAUCCUCUGCUAAUCGGCUCUAUCAAGAGUAAUAUUGGCCAUCUGGAAGGUGCUAGCGGUCUGGCGGGCAUCGUCAAGGCCAUUUUGAUUCUCGAGAAGGGCCUGAUUCCGGCCACGGCUGGGUUUGAAAGCCCGAAUCCAAGGACCCGUCUCCAAGAGCAGAAUUUGCAGGUAGUGAGUCGGCUUACACCGUGGCCCAACGACGGUGUCCGACGUGUCAGCGUGAAUUCCUUUGGUUUCGGGGGUGCGAAUGCUCAUGUUAUCCUUGACGAUGCAUGUCAUUACCUGCAAGACCUGAAUAGAAAGGACGAGCUUACCAGCGAUGCGAGUUCCAGUGGCGACGAGGAGACACUUCGAGACGUCGUCUCUGAGGCAGGAUCAUACGGAACGAAUGGAUCAUCGCCCUCCCAAACCCACCUGUCCCAUGCAUCCCAGCUCUUUGUCUUCUCUGCUCAUCAUGAGAGUGGCUGUGCUGAUAUUUCGCGCUCUCUAGCAAAAUACCUGGACAAAAAGGCCGAGGGUGCCUUGGAGAGCGAACUCUUCCACAAUCUGUCCUACACCCUGAGUGAAAGGCGGAGUAAGCUGAUGUGGAAGAACUUUGUUGUCGCAUCUUCAGUUGCUGAACUGAGCCAGGCCCUCCAGAGCACAGGGCCAGAGCCUGUGAAAUCCCCUCCGGCUCGCUCUCUUGCGUUUGUGUUCAGUGGUCAAGGUGCGCAAUGGGCCACCAUGGGCAGGGAGCUCAUGGUCUUUGACUGUUUCCGCACGUCUCUCGAGUCUGCUGGAGCGUUUCUGAAAUCCCUAGGUUGUGAAUGGGACCUGAUAGAGGAACUCGUCCGCAAUGCCGAUUCCUCCAAGAUCAAUCAAUCCGCAUACAGCCAGCCGAUAUGUACUGCCGUCCAGGUUGCCCUGAUUGAUCUUCUCGCACAUCUCCAGGUACGCCCCAGCGCCGUAGUUGGUCAUUCAAGCGGCGAGAUCGCCGCAGCAUACAGCAUCGGCGCAGUAUCGCGUGAAGCUGCAUGGCAGAUCGCCUACCACCGCGGACGUCUAUGCGAGAAGAUCAACCAGACCAAGACGCACAAAGCGGGAGCCAUGAUGGCUGCCAAUCUGUCGGAAAAGGAAGCACAGGAGAUCCUGGAGCAAAAUCCGAAGCUGAGAGUUGUGGUAGCCUGCAUCAAUAGUCCCUCAAGUGUCACUCUCUCGGGAGACCGCGAUGACUUCGAGACACUCGAGGCCAUAUUGGCAGAGAAAGGGGUUUUUGCUCGACGACUCAAGGUUGAACACGCUUACCAUUCCCCUCAGAUGGAAAUCAUUGCAGAGGAGUAUCUUGACAGUCUUGGUAAUCUUCAGCCCAACGGGGUGAAGCAUGGCACUCCACGGAUGUUCUCCUCCGUGACUGGUUCUGAGAUCGCAACGGACGAACUGACACCGGAAUACUGGGUCAAGAACAUGGUCUCUCCGGUGAAAUUCACCGCGGCAGUUCAAGCCAUGCUUUGUUUCUCCGCAGGCAAGAGGGCUCGAAGGGGCGGACGUUCCGCGGUCGACAUUCUGCUCGAGGUUGGGCCUCAUUCGACUCUCAAAGGACCUCUGAAGCAAAUCCUGGAUCACGAAAAGCUAGAGGUUCCCUACCUUAACCUUCUGGCUCGUGGUAAAGGCGGUUUGACAACCUUCCUCCAGGCUGUUGGUGGGCUAUUUCUCCGAGGCGUUGCAGUGGAUAUACUGCGAGCCAACCGUCUGGACCAACUCGACCGUCAUUCUCUCAAAGUCCUGACGGAUCUGCCCUCCUAUCCCUGGAUGCAUUCCCUCCGGUUCUGGUACGAGUCUCGUCUAAGCUAUGACUAUCGCCAUCGAUCACACCCUCGUCACCACCUGGUAGGGGCUCCCACGGCGGAUCACAACGCACUGGAGCCGAGAUGGAGAAACUACCUGCGGGUCUCCGAGAGCCCCUGGAUACGCGAGCACGUCGUUCAGUCUCGCAUAAUCUACCCAGGUGCGGGAUUCAUCGUGAUGGCAAUCGAGGCUGCCGCUCAGCUGGCGGAUUCGUCGAAGAAGGUCAAGGGGUUCGAGCUGCGAGAUGUCCAGAUCAACCGGGCAUUGCAGGUGCCGGAAGGCGAAGAAGGCGUUGAAACCAUACUCCACCUGCGUCCGUAUCAGGCGCAGGGCCUCACCAAGGGCUCGCACUGGGACGAGUUCGUCAUCUAUUCCUACCAGUCAACGCAGGGCUGGCAAGACCACGCGCGUGGCUUGAUCGUGACACACUACCACAGCAACAAGGCGGGGUUUGAUCUGCAUCGGGAAGACGAGAUACAGCUGCAGAUGCAUCGGGAGCAAUACCUGAGAUCCUCUGGGCUAUGCUUGUCGACAAUCGAACUGGAUGCGUUCUACGAUCGCCUCGGCCAGAUGGGCAUGGAAUUUGGUCCGGCAUUCCGCAACCUGUCGAGCAUCCGACACUGCAACGGCCAGAGUGUCUGUCAGCUGCGUAUUCCAGACACCAAAGUGCAGAUGCCAGACGAGUUUGAGUUUAAGCAUGUUAUUCACCCCAUCACGCUGGAUAACAUCUUCCACAUGGUUCUGCCCUCUCGAGUAGGAUCGGGUGCAUCGAUGAGGGAUGCGCAUGUUCCGGUCUCCCUGCAGAGUCUGUAUAUUGCUGCCGAUAUAAAAAGCAACCCUGGGACCCUCCUUACAGGCCAAUCCACCAUUACGCAUGAGGACGACAGCGGUUUUGGGGCAACGGUGGUCGUCUCGGACUCUGGGUGGGACAGCGUCCAACUUGUGAUUCGAGGCCUAGAACUGAAGAGACUGGCGGCAGUGUCAGAGAAUGGUUCACCGGAUGCAUCCAGUUCCCAAGCAAGGAGGGUUGUAUUCCACUCGACAUGGAAAGAGGAUAUUGAUGUCAUCAACCAGGAACACGCUUCUCGGCUGUUCACGGUGGGAUUGGGCUCGGAAGCCAACGAACAUAUUAUGAUCAGAGAACUGGAGCAGACGGCUCUGAUCUACAUGAAACAAUGCCUGAGAUCGAUUGGACAAGCUGAAGCAGGCACCGAGCGUCUGGCUACUCACCACAAACUCUUCGUGGAGUGGAUGAAGGAGCAGGUUAGGGCUUUCGGAGACCAGAUUGCCACUUUGGACAAAGAGUCCGAGCAAAGGCUGGUUGAACAGACCCGAAAUCAAAGCAUCGACGGUAGAAUUAUGUGCCAGGUCGGAGACCACCUCGAAUCCGUCCUGGAAGGUCGUCUGGAGCCGCUGGAAGUGCUCUUACAUGAGAACCUGCUCCAUGAAUACUACGCCAAGGGAUUCGGAUUGGACCGAGUCUACCAUCAAUUGUCAGGAUACAUGGACAGACUGGCGCACAAAUAUCCCGAUUUGAACUUUCUCGAGAUCGGAGCUGGCACAGGAGGUGCAACACUGCCGGUGCUUCAAAUCCUGGGAGGACAUGGAGACCAUCCGGCACGGUUUCAGUCAUACACCUUCACGGACAUCUCGUCGGGCUUCUUCGACAAGGCUAGGGAAAAGUUCAAUGACUGGGACAGGUACCUCUCCUAUCAAAAGCUCAACAUCGAGAACGACCCAGAAACACAGGGGUUUCAAGAACAUAAGUACGACGUGGUAAUUGCCGCGAACGUCUUGCAUGCAACAAACACAAUGGAUGUCACCAUGGCCAACGUCCGGAAGCUCCUGAAGCCAGGUGGAAAGCUGGUCAUGAUCGAGAUUACGCAGCAGCUGAUGCGCAUCCCGAUGAUCAUGGGCAUCCUGCCCGGCUGGUGGCUAGGUGAAGAAGACGGUAGACACGGCGGUCCGACGCUGAACGCAUCCGAAUGGGAUGCACUGCUUCGCCGGCAGGGUUUUAAGGGCGUUGAGAUCGGCCUUGCCGACUAUGCUGAGUACCACGGAGAUGAGCUAUUCAGCGUUAUCGUCUCUACUGCUGCUGCUGAUGAUAAUAAUGCCAUCUCCGCGGUCUCACACCCGGCAUCAGGGACUUUGAUUGUUCAGCCCGGACAAAAGAGUCACAAGCUUGGGGGUAUUAUCGCAGAUCUGGAGGAUAAUCUAGCUCAGAGAGGUCGCCAGGCCUCGCUGGUAACCCUGGAAGACCUUCCCUCGGAGCUGACAGAAUGCACUUGCAUCGUCCUUCUCGAGUAUGACCACCCCAUUCUGGCUGGUGUCACAAGCGAGCAGUUCAAUUCGAUACAACGCCUGCUUCUCACUUCCAAGCAGGUCCUUUGGGUCACCAAGGGGGCCGCGAUCGAUACCCCAGUACCUGAAGCGAGCAUGGUCGUCGGUCUAGCAAGAAGCAUACGCGCGGAACAGCCAAACGCUCUCAUCACGACUCUAGACUUGAGCUCCGACUCCGACUCGGCUGCGGAUCGGAUCGUUGACAUUCUGCACUUUCAAUCAGACUCACAAGCGGCAUUGAGUCCUCACUCGCGGGAUUACGAGUUCGUGGAGCGGGAUGGGUCAGUUUUCAUCAGCAGGCUGGAAGAAAUCAAACCCGUCAACGACAUGGUCGUCUCCCAUUCCAGUAACCGGUCGAUAGCGAUUCCGUUCAAACAGUCAAAGAGCCCUCUUUAUCUGGAAGUCAAGGUACGCGGGCUGCUCGAUUCCUUGCAAUUUACCGAAGACCGCUCGAUUAGCCAGCCACUCCCCGAUGAUGAGGUUGAGGUUGAGGUCAAGGCCACCGGCGUCAACUUCAAAGAUGUCAUGGUCGCCAUGGGGAAGGUGUCUGGGCCGCUGGGUCUUGAAUGCAGCGGAACCGUCACCAGAAUUGGCUCGAGGGUGACCAAGUACAAACCUGGAGAUCGAGUCUGGACGACUUUGCUAGGGGCAUAUAGAUCCUACGUUCGGUGCCAGGAGUCACUUUUCCAACCCAUUCCAGAAGGCAUGAGCUACGAAACGGCAGCUUCGCUGCCCCUUGUCUACAUGACAGCAUACUACUCUAUGUUCGAGGUGGCGCGCAUGCGCAAGGGCGAGAAGAUCCUCAUCCACGCAGCAUCUGGGGGUGUCGGACAGGCAGCCAUCAUCCUAGCGAAGACACUUGACGCAGAGAUCUUCGCGACUGUCAGCUCGGAAAAGAAAAAGCAGGUCCUAAAAGAUCUCUAUGGCAUCCCAGACGACCACAUCUUCAACAGCCGGGAUCUCACAUUCGCCAAGGGAAUCAAACGGAUGACGGACAAUCGGGGCGUCGACGUGGUCCUCAACAGCUUGGCGGGAGAGGCCCUUCGACUAUCAUUCCAAUGCCUCUCCAUGUACGGUCGAUUCAUUGAACUGGGCAAGACUGAUAUUCUGGGUAAUAGUGCGCUGGAGAUGGCACCUUUCAACGGCAACAUCACCUUCGCCUCCGUCGAUAUCGCCAUGAUCAUGGAGAAGGACAGACAGACGACGGCUAGGAUUCUGGCGGAGAUGGCAGUUCUUCUACGGAUGGGCGUUAUCAAAGAGAUUCAUCCGGUGACUGUGUACGACUACUCGGAGGUUGAGACGGUCUUUCGAACCAUGCAGUCCGGUUCGCAUGUUGGUAAGUUGGUUGUUAGACCGACAGAAAGCAGCGUCGUCAAGGUCCACCCAAAGAGCCAGUUCCCCCUUCGAUUCAAAUCCGACGCUACAUACCUACUCGUCGGAGGUCUGGGUGGUCUAGGACGAAGCAUUGCGCAGUGGAUGGUGCACAACGGCGCCAGGAAUCUGGCAUUCAUUUCUCGAUCUGGCGCACAGAGCCAGAAAGCAAAGGAGCUCAGCGGUAAACUGAUCCAUGCUGGAGCAAGGGUAGCCGUUUACGCCUGUGAUGUUGGCGACAAGGAAGCCCUCCGAGAAGUGUUUAGCAGCUGCAGUCGGAAUAUGCCCCCAAUCCGAGGAGUGAUCCAGGGCGCGAUGGUUCUACAAGAUAGUCUCUUUGGAAACAUGACGGCGGAGAAAUUCCACGCUGCCGUUCGCCCCAAGGUCCAGGGCUCAUGGAAUCUGCAUGAACUGCUGCCCGGCGACCUCGACUUCUUCACCAUGCUGUCGUCUUCGGCCGGCAUCAUCGGCAGUCGCGGUCAGGGCAAUUAUGCUGCCGGGAACACCUACCAGGAUGCCCUUGCCGCCUAUCGCAGAGGACAGGGGCUGGCGGCAUCUACCGUCGAUCUCGGGGUGAUCCUCGACGUCGGCUACGUGGCUGAGAAUGCGGAGACGCAGGAAAACGUCAAACGAUGGGGGUUUGUGGGCAUUCCGGAGCAGGAAUUCCUACACAUCCUCCAAGGAGCCAUUGCCAGUUCCAAGCCCUCAUCAUCGCCCCACGGGGAGAUACCUGUCCAGCUCACAACCGGCCUCGCGACAGGAGGCGUUAUUCAGGCGAACUGCGGAGGCGAGUUCCCAUACUACUUCCACGAUGCGCGGUUCUCUCACCUGCGCAAUGUCGACAUCAACCAGGGAGGCGCGGCGGGGGCCCACGGUAACACCAACAAAGAAAUGAAAAGCCUGCAUGCUCAACUUGAACAGGCGAAGACUCUUGAAGACGCGCACGAUGCCAUCGGCACGGCCUUCGUCGGAAAGGUCUCGAAACUGCUGCUGGUUCCGGUGGACUACAUCAGCCCUAACAAGCCUCUGCAUGAGUAUGGGGUGGAUUCCCUGGUCGCUGUGGAGAUUCGCAAUUGGAUCUACCACGAGGCACGGUCGAGCGUGUCUGUGUUUGACAUUCUGAGCAAUGAUCCGAUCAGUACACUGUGUGGGAAGAUCGCGUUGGGCUGUCCUUUGCUUAAGACGCUGGUGGAUGCUAGUUUGGAGAAGUGAGGGCUCAAGUCUUGGUGGAGGGCGUUUGGUUGUCACUGUACUUGAUAAUAUGAAUGAGAAUUGUUU